CAGACUAUUUGCUGACUUUGCUGGGAGAACGGUCCUGGGAUGCCUUCUAAGGUGAAAAUUCCCCUCAUUGUUUCCAUUUUGUUUCUUUUGAUCAGCGUAUCUGUUAUCAUUGCGAUUGCCUAUGUUCAGAUUCACCAUGAGCGGUCACUUUCUCCUGGUUUAAAGUAUGGCAUAGUGCUGGAUGCAGGAUCUUCAAGGACCACAGUAUAUGUGUAUCAAUGGCCGGCUGAAAAAGAAAACAAUACCGGAGUAGUAAGCCAGACCUUCAAAUGCAACGUUAACGGCCUCGGGAUUUCCAGUUAUGCGGGCGAGCCUGAAAAAGCGGCCCAGAACAUUGACAGCUGUAUGAAGAAAGUUAUAAGUAUCAUUCCAUUUAAUCAGCAGAACAGCACGCCUGUAUAUCUGGGAGCCACAGCAGGGAUGAGGCUUCUCAGGUUGAAAAAUGAAAGUGCCGCUCAAGAAGUCCUUACCAGUAUUGAGAACUACUUCAAAACCCAGCCAUUUGAUUUUAGAGGAGCUCACAUCAUUACGGGUCAGGAGGAAGGGCUGUACGGAUGGAUUACAGUCAACUAUUUAUUGGGAAAUUUCUUGGAGAAAAACAUUUGGAACACCUGGGUACGUCCAGACGGAGCAGAGACCACUGGAGCGCUGGAUUUGGGUGGUGCCUCCACACAGAUCUCAUUCAUUCCAGAGAAGUCAGAGCAGAAACCCAACAGCACAUUAGAAGUGACUCUGUACAGCUAUAAGUACAAUGUGUACACGCACAGCUUCCAGUGCUAUGGGAGGGAUGAAGCAGAGAAACGACUGCUGGCAUCAUUAACUCAGAGUUCACAGGGGAAACCGCACAUAGAAAAUCCAUGCUAUCCUCAGAAUUACGAGGUGAAUUUAACAAUGAAUCACAUAUUUGGAAGCCUUUGUUCCGCAUCUUUCCGACCAGCAAGUAACACUCCAGAGCACCUCGUUAGUUUUAAAGGAACAGGCAAGCCAGUCCAAUGUAUGGAGAGAGUGUCUACUCUGUUCAAUUUUGCUGCAUGCCAUGGGAAGCAGGACUGCUCAUUUGAUGGUGUUUACCAGCCCAAGGUGAAGGGACCCUUUUCGGCAUUCUCUGGCUUUUAUUACAUAGCCAAAGCUUUAAAUCUGACUGGGAAUUUCCAAUUAAAUGAACUAAACUCAAGUAUGUCUUCUUUCUGUAGUCAAGAAUGGAGCAAGCUUCCACAUAUCCUACCCAGAUUUGAUGAAACCUAUGCAAGAUCCUAUUGUUUUUCGGCUAAUUACAUCUACCAUCUAUUAGUCCACGGCUAUAAAUUUGACAGUGAAUCUUGGCCACAGAUUCUGUUUCAGAAGGAGGUUGGGAAUAGCAGCAUUGCAUGGUCCUUGGGUUACAUGCUCAGUCUCACCAAUAUGAUUCCCGCAGAGAGACCCCUGGUUCUUCUUCCCAUGAGACCCACUGUCUUUGCUGGACUUCUCUUCUUGUUCGCAGCGAUAACAUUACUGUGUCUCAUACUCUUUGUGAUUUUGCUCGUCCGGUCUUGCUAGGCCAGUCUUCAAGGCCUACCUGAAUGACUAAAGGAAGGAUCUAGGUUAUACAGGAAGCUCACGUAAUCACCUGUCGGGGAGCAUUCUUCCUUGGAAACUCUAUAUACAGUGGCAAAUAAGGUGUGCCAGGGCUCAGCCGAAUAGUACAUGGGUGACAAGGGACAAGAGUGAACAACGUCUAUGGUCAUUUCUUCUGGGAAACCAAGAUGGGAUGCUAAAGCAAGACAUUAAAAACUGCUAUCAACAUAUAUUUCUCAUUAUACCUGUGGACAACAAUGGAUGUACAGAUGUACAGGAUAUUGAAUUUGCAUAUUUGUCACUCAGAUUUUCUGUAGAAACAUUUCUCAUAUAUCACUACUUGUGUGAAUAGUUUGAAUUAAAGGUUUUCUCACUUCAGGGAAUGGCAUUUAUCAUGUAGAGGAAGACACUUACUAAUGUAUCGUGAUUGUCCAUAUUGCUUCCUUUGCUGGUUGGAUUC